UAAGCGCUCCCCAAGUAAUAUUGUACAUCCUGAUAGGACAAGCUGCCUUAACACAGACCCCUAAAAUUCGCUCAAGUUUUCUGUGUGCACCUCUACCUGGGCGUUGGCGUGAAGCUCCAAGACAGAUUCACGUGAUGGCUGCAAGGCCGCCAGUUCCGACAUUGACCAAACUGACCUGUGUGCUGCUGGUCUACGUAAAGCUGACGACACAAGUCACCCCUCCGCCUUGUAACCCUGGAGACAACCUCUAUGCCCCAGUCUUCAUUAAUUCCGAGGUGCAACAGACCAUACCAGAAACAUUGCCUGUAGAUGCCAGCGUCGCAACACUGAGCGCUUCGGAUAACGACACUUUGUGUAACUUUGGAAGCCUGGCGUACAGCAUCAUCGGCGAUGGAUCUGCUUCAACGUAUUUUCGAAUAGAAAAGGACACAGGAACAGUUUCUUUGAAAACCAGCCUGACAAACACAUCCAUCGUUGACUUUACUGUCCGUAUAGAGGUACAAGAUGGCAGCUCUCCUCCUUGGAGUUCCACAGCAUUGUUGUACUUAAAGAUUGCAAGAAAUUUUGAACGCCCAGUAUGGAGUUCUGCAACGUAUACUACCAACAUUCCAGAGACAGUCCCAGUGCUUGAGAAUAUCCUGCGUGUCACAGCCACAGAUAAAGAUGCCCAGCCCCCCAACAAUGAAGUGACGUAUGAGCUUGUAGGAGAUGCUGUUCAACUCUAUUACUUUGAGAUUGUCAGUUCCACUGGUGAUAUCCGCCCAAGGCGUCCACUUACUUCCGAUACAAACAGAAGAAGUCAGUUUAAUUUUGUUGUGAUCGCUCGAGAUAAAGGCAGCCCUCCUCUCACUGCUGCAUUCAAUGCCUCUGUGACAAUAGCAGUGUUCAGAAACAACAACGCCCCUCGGUUCAUCCAGGAUUCCUACUCCAUUACAGUAUCUCAGGGCCUGUCCAGUGCCACGGUCAUCUCUGUCAGGGCAGUUGAUGAUGACCUUUUGACGGAAUUCAACCAGAUCUCAUAUUCCAUCGAGGGUCCAGCAAAUGCUCUGGCUCUGUUUACAAUUGAUGGGUCAGGAAAUAUCCAACCAACAAACCCUGCUGCUAUCAACAGUGCCUCAGAGACAAAUUAUAAGAUUUAUGUUCGAGCUGAGGACAAUGGCAGUCCCAAACUGUACGACAUUGCCCUUGUUGAACUCACCAUCAACCGGAACCUGAACCCACCCAUCUUCAACCCCGUCACCUAUGAAGAGACCAUUCUGGAGACCAGGCCAAUUGGAGACGUGGUUCUCAGAGUGACAGCUUCAGAUGCUGAUAACCUGAGCCCCAACAAUGAGAUUACAUACUCUGCCUUUGGAUCUGGCCUGACGUUUUUCAAUGUUAAUAGCCAGACAGGAGAAGUGACAGUGGUCAAUAACCUUGUCCAAGAUUCCAACACAAGAUAUCAGCUGACAGUCCAAGCUACAGAUAGAGGUGCCAGCCCUCUGUCAUCAGCCCAGCCUGCAUCUGUCACUAUCAACGUUGUGAGGAACCAGGCCUCCCCUGUGUUUGUACAGACCCCUUACGACACCACUGUGUUGCGAACAGCAGGAGCCAACACCCCAGUUGUCACUGUAACUGCUACUGAUGCAGACACAAGGAGUCCCUACAAUGAAGUCACAUAUGGUAUUGCCAGCAUGACCAUCGACAGAUUCCGAAUCAACCCAACAACAGGGGAGAUAACUCUCACACAAGCUAUUGCCUCGGAUUCUCAGGCUCAAUAUGGGGUAACAGUUUUCGCACAAGAUGGAGGAAACCCAAGGCGUGUGACCUACAACACAUUUACUGUGGGAGUUGAUCGUAACCUCAAUGCACCGUUCUUAACAAAUCCUUCAGGACCAAACUUUGAAAAUUCCACCACAGUACUGGAAACUAUUGGCUUUGAUUACCUUAUCUAUGAUGUGGAUGCCUUUGAUGCAGAUUUAUCGGAUCCAUACAGGUCACUGCGCUUCUCCAUCAUUGGAGAAAAUACUGCAUCAACCUACUUCCUGAUAAAUCGUGACAGUGGUGAGAUCCGUCUCAAGUCCUCUCUUCUUCAGGACACCCUCCAGACUCGCCAGUACAGACUGAUUGUAGCAGUCACAGAUGGUGGUGAUCCACCAAGGCCUGCUCCCUCCACUGCCACCAUUACUGUCAAUGUCAUCCGCAACCUGAAUACUCCACGCUGGGUCAAUGACCCUUACAGUGCCACUAUUGAUGAGACUAUUGGUGCAAAUGUCAACAUUGUCAAUGUCCUGGCAGUUGAUGACGACAUUAAUGCAUUCAACCGUGUGAGCUAUGAAAUUAUUGGGGACAGCACUGCACCUGCAUACUUCGACGUGACACCAGGUGGUAGUAUCAUUAGGAGGCAGUCACUACAAAGUAUUCCAGACACCAGGUUCUAUUUGAGAAUUGUUGCCUCCGACAAUGGUGUUCCACCUAAGACCAACACAACUGUGGUGUCGAUCAUCAUCAAUCGCAACCUAAACACCCCAACCUUCAGCCAGUUGCUAUUCACUACGGAGAUUGAUGAGACUACAGAAGUAGGAACGGCAGUUCUGAGCAUCUCAGCCACUGACCAAGAUUCUGUGGCCCCGUACAACACUGUGCAGUAUGAGGUCAACAACCUACUUUCCAGUGUUCCUGGGCGGAUGUACUUCAUGGUGGACCGGAACACUGGCGCAGUCAGCCUCAGGUGCUUUCUGGAAUCGGACACAAGCUACACUGGAGUCUACACAAUUAUUGUUGACGCAGUUGAUGGAGGUGGACUAAGGGCUGAUCCGCCUGCCAAAGUUGAAAUCACCGUGGACAGAAAUACAACGCUGCGGUCACCCAAUGAUACAAAUUCCAUGUCACCCAGAGCAUCCCUCUGUUGUCAGGAACCUCUGCUACCGUACUGGGGUGGAAGCAGUAAGACUUACAUCACUUGAUGUAUAUCAUAUGAGUACUGGGGUAAUCGACGCAAAAGCAUUCGGGUUUAUGUUCUACAAUGUAAUUUACACAGUCACUAUAACUAAAUACUUCAAUGCGCAAUAUUUUCUGGUUUAAAUGUGUUACUAUGGGUUUAUAUGACUAAGGCGGAUUUCCAUGAAGCUGAAAGUCUCAAAAUUGCAAAAUGUAUCCUAUGAAUAUUUGCAUUCUAGCUGAACACUUUGUUAUACAGACGCUUUAAUGUUACUUUCUAUUGACGAUGAAAUUAAUUUUAGUUGUUUGUAUAUUCUCCUAUAAGGGAUCAACCUUUACUAUGUGCAGUGCAACUUUGAAUCCAUUAAGUCCAUUCUAUGUGUCCCUCACAGUUCCUCGGGUCCGGUACAUGUCAAUGAAUGAGUUGGAUGGAAGUGUGUGUCUGUGAUUAUAUAUUUAUUAUUUUGUUCAUUAAUACAUGUAUCGUUCGUAUUUAUCUUGUACAACAUCAAAUUUCGAAGGGUAAUCAUGUUCGUAAUACUAUAUUAUGAUGUGGACAACAAAUAUACAUUCAUUUUCAGGAAAACAUCAAUUUUCAGCACUACCAUUUACAAUGCUUUUCACAGCAGUUUUAUUUUACAAGCGAUGUGCCAUGAUAACCUCUCAGUGUAGUCAUUAGUGUGUGAUUACACUGACUCUCUGGCACUGGCGGAAUGAUAUUAUGCGUAUGCUAUCGAAAACAAGGACCAAUGAAGGAGGAGGCACUGCGCUUUCCACUAACCCCAGUGGCCCUGAACGAAUCAUGGGCUUGAUUCACUUUCUGUUUUAUUUCUACAUUUGACGCUAAAGAUCCUGAAGAAAUCCUGCGUUCAUUUACUUUCUCUUUUACAUAUACUUCUUUUAUCUUACCCUUGUGAUCCUAAACGAAUUCAGCACUUGAUUUACUAAGUCUUUCUCUUUUACAUAUACUAUGUACUUUUACCUAACCCUAGUGAUGUUGAACUAUCCUGAUUACUGCGUCUUUUACAUUUUCACUGGGUUUUUUAAACUAAUCCUAGCGUUCCUGGACAAAUCCGGUGCUUGAUCAUUUUUUUUAGAUAUCAGUUGAUUGAUAUCAGAAUUACAAUCCAUUAUAGCUUUUGACACAGUUUGAAUGUUUCACAGAUCAUUGUUUUGUUGUUAAUUACUGAUCUAAGUAUUUUCUCAAUUUACAGAUACUAGCAUUACUUUAUAGAGAGACACUAUCAUUGUGUUAAUACUAGUUGGGUUUUUUCAGUUUAUUUCAUUAUACGUUUUUCUGGUAUGGAAUCGAUGUGUCAGGUAAGUCAAUAAAAUUUCACAGGUAAGAGUAUAUGUGAGCCAAGGAUAUGUCACAACCAACGGAAAGCAUGGCCAUAACGCCCCCUAGAGGUAUAAGUAUGUGUAAUGGCGGCCGAGUCAAAGAGUCGACUCAUCAAACAUCCAGGUGAGUUGGAAAGUAUAAGUAGGGUAUCAUAUAUACGUACAUUACAUUAGCAGUGAAGAUCUUAUAGAGUACAUUUCUUUUGUUAGUUUGAAUACUAUGAAGAAGCAAGGGUUAUUGACAUAUAUAUUGGGUUAAGUUUAGUUGAUGUUUUACGUCGCAUCGGCAUUGUUUCAGGCAUAUAGCCACCAAACCAAGUAUGCGUACAAACACACUUUAAUUACAAAGUCAAAAGGAUUUUCUCAAAAUACAUAAUUCUUCAUUAUAGUAUUAUUUACAAAUAGAAAAGUCAUAACAUCAAAUAUUAUAACAGACUUUUUGUCACGUGUGUGUGUGUGUGUGUGUGUGUAUGUAUGUAUAUAUAAAUAUAUGUAUGUAUGUAUGUAUAUGUAUACAUAGUUACAAUUUAUGAUUCAGACAUGUAUACAGUAUUGGGGUAAAUCGAGCAUAUGUAAUAUUUGUCAUGUAACUGUGUUUCAGUCAGAAUCCAAUCUGCAAAUAACCUGCAUGUUUUAGGCAUAUAUAUAUAAUCUUCAAGUGACGAGAGUUAUUGUUUGAAAAUGUAUGUUCCGCAGUCUCCUAAAUAAAAGUGGCUUAUAUAUAUGAACUAUGUAAACCAUUACAGAUUUAUGAUCGAGUUGAGGACAAUGGCAGUCCCAAACUGUACGACAUUGCCCUUGUUGAACUCACCAUCAACCGGAACCUGAACCCACCCAUCUUCAACCCCGUCACCUAUGAAGAGACAAUCCUGGAGACCUGGCUAAUUGGAGACGUGGUUCUCAGAGUGACAGUUUCAGAUGCUGAUAACCUGGACAUGGGAUAAAUCGAAAAGGAUUCGGCAUACCUGUUUCCUGAAAAACGUGGAACCCGUACCAAUAUUCAAAGUGUCAAGUCUCCAAACACAUGCAUGCAUCAAAAGCGUGUCGUAAUAGUCGACUUACGAGAAGCGAAUUAAAUGUAUACGUGACCUGGCUCAUCAUGUGUGACCUUGUUGAUCAUGUGACCUGGCUGAUCAUGCGAUCUGGCUGAUCAUGUGACCUGGACAUAAGUCAUGGUGGUUUCUAAUGGAAAUGUAACUCGCGGUAAAUGUGCAAAAUAUGAAUCGAUAUAACGCAAAAAGAUAAUGUUGUUUUUUUCUGAUAUCUGUACUGUUUUGGUUAUAACCACUUGACAAACACUUUUUUAUGAUGAAAAGGUGCAGAACAAAACGGUUUAAUUUUGUGUAAACUUGUCCUGUAACUCGGAACCUUUGUACAUUGGUUAUCAUAAAAACGAAUGGACAUAGUUGAAAUCAAAUAAACAUUUGCCGUCA